AUGAAGUUGCACACUGACCUGAAAAACAGACGGUUUGAUCGGAUUGUCUUUAACUUUCCUCAUGCUGGCUUCAAAGGAAAAGAGUAUGAGGUGUACAUGAUCAACUUGCACAAGGAACUGGUGAGGGAAUUUUUCCGCAAUGCACGCCACCUACUUCGGCCUUAUGGUGAAAUCCAUGUUAGUCACAAGACAGGAAAGUGGUACGACGAAUGGGGUCUUGAGGAUCUAGCGGCUGAGUUUUCGCUUAUUUUGGUUGAGAAAGUAGGUUUCCAAAAGGAAGACUAUCCCGGUUAUCACCAGAAGAAAGGAGAUGGUCCAGCCUGUGACAAACCUUUCCCGCUAGGUAACUCUUUCACAUUCAAGUUCAAAAUUGGAGACUUGAAGAAGCGGAAGAAACGGAAUGGGAGAAGGGCUGGAGCAAUCUCAUCCGUUGGAGGCGACCCGCGACACAAGGCCAUGCCAUCCUCUUCCACUUGUUCAGCCAAGGUCUGGGCUACAGUUUGUUCCACGAGCUUACACAGCUCCGGUGCCCAUGACUCUGCCAUCUCAUGCCGCAUUCCUUCAUCAAUGGGCAGAAUCUCAAGGACCAGCUUGCUUGCUCCUCAGCGGCAUCCACGGUAUGAAAGGAGAAUCAUUGCUGAACCGCUAGGAAACAACACUGACUACUUUGCCUCCGAAUACCGAAGGAGUUUGGUCAGGGAGUACGGGAUGCAAAGGCAACAAAUGCCCGAGGGAACCAGCUUGAACUAUUCUGGAUUCUUGGAAGCCCGCCAAUGGGAGUCUGUUCAGACUUCAGAAACAGGAUCGGCUCCGCAGGAUGAUCGCAUCCGGUUCCCAGUGGGACGUCGUCCAGACUCCAUAGUUUGGUGA